AUGACUUUGCUGCUCUUUGACUUAGCAGAAUUUUUCGCUGACAACUUGAAUCUCGAUGCAUUGCUUCUUUCGGGUUGCUACAUAACCCGAGAGACGAUAUCCCUCUUUUUCUUCUCAGUCAUAACAACGACUGUAGCAGCAACGAACAGCGCCCUCUUCAAGAUAAGAGAAAAUUAUUUUCGUCCCGUAGAAAACACGAUUUGGGAAGGCAAGACAGCUUCUCCGCUGUCGUGUUCACAAAGGUGUGCUAUUCAGCUCGGUUGUAGAAGUGCAAAUUUCCUGGUAAACACAAAAAGGUGUUUACUUUCGGCUGAAAACAAGGAAAGUCUUUCCAGCACGCUGCUUCAUCAAAAAGAUUCUUUUUAUUUAGAAAAGAUCAUCCUAAUAACAAAGAGAUCAAGACCUCGCAUUAAAAGAGGGAGAACAAAAUCCUCCGCUGUCCGCUCUUGUGAGUACCUCUUUGACCAAACUAGUGCACGAUCUCUUCCCCCGCCCUCGGGUGUUUAUUGGGUAGAUCCGGUUGGUGGUUCCCAGUCAAAGGCAUUUCAGGUUUACUGCGACAUGGAGACUGAUGGAGGAGGCUGGACUCUAGUUUGGAGUUAUACGUUUACUAACUACGAUGAUUUUACAAGUAUUACAAACGCCGUGACUCCAAGGCCCAAUUGGCCAGUACACGGUUUCGAUGGUAUAUCAACAACAGCCCCAAUGAAUGAAACAGAUUACAACGCCAUGAGCUUUUCACUCUGGAAGCAACUCGGCAGACAAUUUCUUAUCAAGAGCAACAUAAACAACUGGCUACUGUGUCAUCCGGGAACUGGCAGCUUGGUUGAUUGGCAGGAAGGCGAUGUCAACUGUCGGAUUGUCAAGCACGUGACUAACACGUGUAAUGACGCGUUGCCGCCUUCAUUUCUGCGAUUUGACAUAGCGAAAGGGGUGACGCUUUGCUCCAAUAAGAACCCUUACUCACACAUCUACUACCGCUUUGACUCCAGCGACAAAAGUGCCUGGCCUGUCCAUGACCCUUGUGGAAAAGAGCGUGACAAUCAUGUAAAAAGUGUCCUUAAUCCACACGGGAACAUUUAUAUUCGUACCUGA